AUGGAGGCUUGUUGCCGCAAGAACAGGAGUAUGUUAACAGUCUCCGGCUUGAUUGGUGUUGCCCUGGGCAUUGCUUUGGGCAUGAUUCUGAAGAAGUUCGUCACUCUGUCAAACAUAGACAAAAUGUACAUCGGCUUUCCCGGAGAACUAUUCCUGCGAAUGCUUCACUUGGUUACCGUUCCUCUGAUUGUGUUAAGUGUGUUAACUGAAGUUUCUGGUAUGCAUACUGGCACCUCCAGAAAAAUCUCCAUACGUGCAGCGGUAUACUUUGUCUUCACCACUUUUCUGUCUGUUACUAUAGGAUUAAUCUUAGUAAUGCUGAUCAAGCCUGGGGCCGGUGAUAAUUCUCGUACAAAUGUGAUGGAAGAUGACGACGAUGAAACCUUCUCCACAGUCGAUGCCUUGUUGGAUCUAAUAAGGAAUAUGGUGCCACAAAAUCUGGUUCGGGCUGGCUUUCAACAGUACAAGACUCUGCUGGUGGAGAUUGAAAUUGAAAAAGAUGAUCCCGUGGAAGCAAAAAUCACAGAAGUGCGUGUGGUGGGUAAACAUAUUCAUGGACUCAGCACUGUGGGCUUGAUCAUGUGGUCCAUCAUUUUUGGACUAGCCCUCAGGAAGACUGGAGAAAAAGGGAAACGCUUUGUGGACUUGAUUACGUCUUUGCAUGAGGCCACCAGACACGUGGUCAAAAUGACAGUAGGCUUCUUGCCAGUGGGAGUGUUGUUCAUGACUGCAGGCUACAUUCUUGAGAUUGGGGACAACUGGGAGACUAUCUUCCAACUUGGAAAAUUCAUGGCAGUGGUUGUUAGUGGGCUUAUCAUUCAUGGAGGAGUAGCCCUACCACUGAUCUACCUUCUGUGUGUGAGACGAAACCCUUUUCCUGUCAUUAAGGGGGUUUCUCCUGCCAUAAUGAAGGCCAUGCUUAUCUCACGCAGCUCUGCGUCCUCUAUGACUUUCCGAUGCUGUGAGGAAGUGAACAAGAUUGACAAAAGAAUCACUCGCUUCAUGCUGCCGCUUGGGAUCAGUGUCAACAUGGACGGAACAGCCCUUUAUGAAAUGGUAGCGACAGUUUUUAUCGCCCAAAUCAACAACAUGAAUCUGAACUGGAGCCAGUUAAUUGCCCUUGGUGCCACAGUAGCAGUGUGUGGUAUAGGAGAAUCAGGAAUCCCAGCUACCGGAGCAAUAACCACUCUCUUUAUUUUGAACGUCGUUGGGAUUCCUGCAAAGGACGCAUCCCUUUUGUUGGUUAUAGAAUGGAUGCUAGAUCGCUUCAACACUGCCGUCAACGUCCUGGGGGACUGCAUGGGCGUGGCGAUUGUUGAGCAUCUGUCAAAAAAGGAACUAGAAGAAAUCGACAAGCGAGGACAGGACACGACAAGAUAUGGUUCAAUACCUGAGAGUGAUAAUGAGGAGUUCCAGGGUCAUAGCAGCACCGCAGACCGCAAAAAGUCAGCUGCUCCGAGGAAGCAGCGGACGACCAGGCAUGUGUAGCCUCAGCUCAGCAAAAACAGGAUCUGAACAGGGCUGACUUUUAUAGGGAUCUCCUGAGUGCCAAAAAUGUACUCUCUCUAUUUGAGUUGUUAUUCAGUUUAUUUGCUAUUACAUUUAUCAUAUUGUUUUUUGAUUUUGUCAGUGCACUUUAAAAUAAGCCCAUUGGCAAUUAUUUGUUCAUUUGAUUUAUUUCCUUUUAUAUCCUAUUUUAUAGUUUAUGUUGAUGUAAUUCUAGUGAAUUCAGUACAGUAAGGCACCUCAGAAAGUAAUUCAC